AUGAUCAGAGAUGACCUUAUUGAAGAUGAUAAUGUAUUAAGAGGUGAUCAAAAUCCAAAUGAAAGUAAUAGUAUAUCCUUAGAUGAACCAACACCCACAGCAGUUGAAGAGCCACUAGUACCCCCUAGUGUAGGCAUGACAUUUGGAUCUUAUGAGGAAGUAAUCAGUUACUACCAUGAAUUUGGAAGACAAAAUGGGUUUCAAAUGAAAAUUAGAAGUCGGGAAAAUCUCGGGAAAUCGGGCUGUUACAAUGUUAAAGAAACCGACAGUGGAAAUGGCAAUGAUUGCACACGGUUGAGAUUAGCAUGUACUAGAGAAGGAAAAUUCAUUUUCAGAGGGAAAGAUCCAUCAAAAGCAGCACGUACUCAGAGAACUAGUUGUAAAGCUAAGAUCACUGCCUCAUUUGACAAAAAUGCUAGCGGAUGGAAGCUCACUACUGUAAUUUUGGAGCAUAACCAUCCUUUGGAUCCCUCAAAUUCUAGAUUCAUGUCCAAUUAUCGAUUUAUUAGUCCACACAACAAGGAGAUUAUUAUGACAAAUGAGAGGGCAGGAGUACCUAUUAGUAGAAAUUAUGCCACAUUUGCUGUGCGUUAUGGAGGAUUUGGAGCUGUUCCUUUCUCCGAAAAAGAUUGUAGAAAUCUAGUGAGCAAACAUAGACGAUUGUGUCUUCAAGAAGGAGAUUUUGCUGCCAUGGAGAAACAUCUUAUUAAGAUGUCUUCCAAAGACAAAGAUUUUUAUUACAUGUACGACACAAACGAUGAUGGCACACUUAAAAAUAUCUUUUGGGCUGGUGGAAGGUGUAGAGCUGCAUAUCGAGACUUUGGAGAUGUUGUAUCAUUUGACACCACAUACUUGAGGAACAGAUAUAGGAUGCCAUUUUGCCCAAUCAUAGGCGUAAAUCAUCACAAUCAAUGA